CAGACCCCCACCUUGUGGCUGUCCAUCUCGUCCAGGGCUCCGGCCUCGUCCUAUCUUCAGUCACAGCCAUGGCUCCAAUGCUGGCUCUGAACCUCCUUCUCCUGGUCCUGACUUUCUGCAUCCCCUCGACCCAAGGCAGCGAUGGAGGGGGUCAGGACUGCUGCCUCAAUUACAGCCAGAUGAAGAUUCCCUACAGUGUUGUGCGUGGCUACCGGAAGCAAGAACCCAGCUUGGGCUGCCCCAUCCCCGCUAUCCUGUUCUCACCGCGAAAGCGCUCUCAGGCAGAGCUGUGUGCAGACCCUAAGGAGGACUGGGUGCAAAAGCUGAUGAAACGCCUGGAUAAGCCACAAGCCCAGAGGAAACAAGCCCAGCCCUGUAGGAAAAACAGGGCCUCCAAAUCUGGAAAGAAAGGCAAAGUUCCCAGAGCUUGCAAGAGGACUGAAGAGACACAGACCCCCAAAGGCCCAUAGUCCCAUGACCAGCCUGGAGCCCAGAACUUGGACCCCUAGGCUGAGGGGCUAAAGGGGGCUAAAAAGAACUGAGGAGCUCCAGAGCAACUACAUCCCAUUGGCCUUAUUACACCCCUUUUCUCCUGCUUGAACCAGCCCACCUGCGUUCCCACUGCCACCUAGCAUGCUGAGCCACCAAGUCCAGAGAGGAAGGAGAUGUUGCCCAGAGAAUAAGGGAGGAGACAGCAGGCCCCUGGGGAGGUCCCACAGGAUCCAGAGAGACUCCCCACUGCACCCCACCUUUCCCUUGAAAAUGUUCCUUUCAACCUAACUGAAUAAAGACCGGUUCCAACCUUAAUCCAAA